AAAGUGAAUGCAGAUGGAACCCUACAAUGUGCUUCUAUUCUGGGAUUUCUAGUGUCUCUUCAGGUCCAAAGGUCAGACAGAGGUUCCUGGCCCCUUCUGCAUUGACAGGCUGCCUUUUAAGUCUGAUAUUAUAAUGAAUUCCAAGGGUCAAGUUUUUGCCCCUAAAAUGAAUUUGUUUCUUGGGUCCACGUCCCAGUUGCCUUGCCUUGAAACAAAGCAGCUGUUGUGAGGUAGGAAGCAGGGGCCUCUGUGAAGGAGUCUGACCUAGAAGAGAGCGCCCCUCUGACCUUAGACCUCUCUCUAGAGCUUCAGAGCAGAGACAGAAGAGCCCAGAAAGAGCAAACCCUAGAUUUGCAAGGUCAGGAGCAGAUCUGAUCCCCUUGCUCAGAAUGAGCCAGACUUAAUGAUGAUGCCACCUUCAGGAGCCACCACACUGAUCCCAGAGUGAUGGUUGAUGAAGCGUUUUCCAAGGUCAUCUACUUGCAACUCUCUUGAAAACUUUGAAGACAUUGGGCCUGAAAGGUUCAGUGACUUGUCCAGGGAAACCCAGUUUGUGAGAGUCAGAAGGAAAACAGUGCAGUUCACUUUCUCACAGCUGAACAACAGUUCUCUGCACUCUCCCAGGAGCCACAGAAAAUGAACAUCCCUCAGGCAUCACUGUCAUUCAAGGACGUGGCUGUGGAGCUCACUCAGGAGGAGUGGCGGUAUAUGGGUGCUGCGCAGAGGGCCCUGUACAGGGAUGUGAUGCUGGAGAACUACAGCCACCUCGUCUCCGUGGGGUACUGCUUUACAAAACCAGAACUAAUCUUCACACUGGAACAAGAAGAAGAUCCAUGGUUAUUAAAGAAAGAAUUUCUAAGCCAAAAGUCCCCAGAAGAAUCCCAACCUGUGGAACUCUCAGAGAGGAGCCUAGAAAACCAAGGCAAACGUUUGUGGCAAGUUUUAUUUACCAACCAAUCAUUGACUACAGAGCAAGGAAUUUCAAGAAAACCAUGUAAUCUGGACAUAAACGUUUUUCCUGCAAUAACAAUGCCCUGUAAAUUUGACACUACAGGGCCUACUUACUUGCGUCUCAGCUCUUUGGCCCCACACUGUCAAUAUUCAAGAAAGAAGGCUCAUGAGCUUAAUGUAUGUGAGAAAUGGCUCCUCAGUAUUAAGGAUGACGGAACUAAUACUGGAGAGAAAUCUUUUGUUUAUAGUAAAAAUGUGAAAGCCUUUGGUCAUAAAGAGGAAGUUAUUCGGCAUCAGACAAUUCAGACUGUGGGGCAAGCUUCUGAAUAUAAUGAAUGUGAAAAAGCUUUCCUUGAAAAGACUGCCCUUUUUACAUCUAAGAGUACCCACUCAAAAGUGAAAUAUUAUAAAUUUGGGGAAAACCGUUGUGAUAAAUCAACCUUUAUAGUCUGUCAUAACAGUCAUUCAGAGGAGAAGAGUCACUGUGAAUUUAAUGAAUAUGAAUGCACUGAAAACAGAAAUAAUUUCAGUAGGAUCACUCAAAGAGCUGACAAAGAAGGGAAAUCUUGCAGCCAAAAAUCACACAGUAGAGAACAUCAGAAAAUUCAUACAGCGGUGAAAACUUUUGAAUAUGGAAGAAAUUUCAGCUAUAAUUCAGCCCUCCCAGUGCAUCAGAGAACUCAUAGAACAAAUAAAUCCUCUGAUCUUGACACAUGUACAGAGACAUUGGGUUACCAGUCAACUUUUAAUAUACAUCAGAGAACUCACAUAAUGAUGAAAUCCUAUGAGUGUAAUGAAUGUGGAAAAUCCUGCUCUAUGAAUUCACACCUGAUUCAGCCUCAGAAAAGUCACACAGGAGAGAAACCCUAUGAAUGUCAUGAAUGUGGGAAGGCUUUCACUGAGAAGUCACGCCUAAGAAAACAUCAGAGAACUCACACAGGAGAGAAACCCUAUAAAUGUGAUGGAUGUGAGAAAGCUUUCAGUGCAAAGUCAGGCCUAAGAAUACAUCAGAGAACUCACACAGGGGAGAAACCCUUUGAAUGUAAUGAAUGUGGGAAAUCUUUCAACUAUAAGUCAAUCCUCAUAGUACAUCAGAGAACUCACACAGGGGAGAAACCCUUUGAAUGUAAUGAAUGUGGGAAAUCUUUCAGCCACAUGUCAGGCCUAAGGAAUCAUCGGAGAACUCACACAGGAGAAAGACCAUAUAAAUGUGAUAUAUGUGGGAAGGCUUUCAAACUGAAGUCAGGUCUAAGAAAACAUCAUCGAACUCACACAGGGGAGAAGCCCUAUAAAUGUAAUCAAUGUGGGAAAGCUUUCGGUCAGAAAUCACAACUCAGAGGACAUCAUAGAAUUCACACAGGGGAGAAACCCUAUAAAUGUAAUCAUUGUGGGGAGGCUUUCAGCCAGAAAUCAAACCUCAGAGUACAUCAGAGAACUCACACUGGGGAGAAACCCUAUCAAUGUGAUGAGUGUGGAAAAACUUUCAGGCAGAAAUCAAAUCUCAGAGGACAUCAGAGAAUUCACACAGGGGAGAAACCCUAUGAGUGUAAUGAAUGUGGAAAAGCUUUCAGUGAGAAGUCAGUCCUAAGAAAACAUCAAAGAACUCACACAGGAGAGAAACCCUAUAAUUGUAAUCACUGUGGAGAAGCUUUCAGCCAGAAGUCAAACCUCAGAGUACAUCAGAGAACUCACACAGGGGAGAAACCCUAUAAAUGUGAUAAAUGUGGGAAAACUUUCAGCCAGAAAUCAAGCCUUAGAGAACAUCAGAAAGCCCACAUAGGGAAUUAAAGAUGUGAAUGUAAAGAAUAAGGAAAAACUCUAAGCUAGAAAUCAAACCUUGGAGGCCGGCCCCAUGGCAUAGUAGUUAAGUGUGUGUCCUCUGCUGCUGGCGGUCCAGAUUCGGAUCCCGGGCGCGCACCAAUGCACUACUUGUCAGGCCAUGCUGUGGCGGCAUCCUAUAUAAAGUGGAGGAAGAUGGGCACAGAUGUUAGCCCAGGGCCAGUCUUCCUCAGCAAAAAGAGGAGGAUUGGCAAUGGAUGUUAGCUCAGGGCUGAUCUUCCUCACAAAACAAAAAAGAAAAAAAAGAAAUCAAACCUCACAAUACAAAAGAGAAUACGUAGGAGAGAAACCCUUAUGAAUAUAAAGAACACUUGGAAGUUCCUCUGCAAGAUACCAACCUUCACUAAACAUCAGAGAACUUGCACAGGAGAGAAAUUCUUGAAAUAUAUUUUACAUGGGUAGCCUUUCAUCCAGAGUGCAGUCCUCAUUGUGGAUCAGACAACUCACCCAGCAAAGAAAUUCUAUAAAGAUAAUGAAUAUGAGAAAUACUCUGUGCCCUUAAUCUCCAGAAAACUCACACCACAGAAAAGCUCUGGGAAUGUAAUAAAAAUGUGAAAACUUUGUACCAGCAAUCAAAACUCAUUCAUCAUCAGAGAAAUCACACAGUGAAAAAACAGAUUGUAAUAAGUGUAUGAUAACUUUCAGCCAAAAACCAGCUUUCUCAGUACAGCAGAAAAUACACAGAGGGUAGAGACCUCAUUAAGUAUAUCAACACAGACAAGAAAUGAGGUAAUAGAUGUGGGAAUCCUUCUACUAUAAGUCACCCCUCAAUUUGACUUAUACAGGGGUAAUCCCCAUAUGUCAUAUAAUGACCAUUAAUUGUUCCACCAAUAACCAUUUCCUCCUCUCUUUCAUGCUAAACCUAGUCCAAAUUUCUCAACCACUCUUGUCAUUCAAAUGGGGUCAUAUUAGUAAUCUCUGGCUAGUGGGAUGUGGGGGUCAAUGACAAGUCUCAUUAAAUACAUCCCUUAAAUUCUCAAUGUUUUCUUCUGUCCCUUAUCAGAAUGGAGUGGAGACUACCUCAGUGAAACCAUGGGGUUCAUGCACUGAAGAUGGGAGAGUGCAAGAUGCAAGGACACAGGGUCAAAGAGUGACUGUGGAAUGGAGUUUUCUGCUCCGUAUACACAGACUUUUUGCAGCAAGGAAAUAAACUUGUUCUUUCCUGAGCAUCUACAGGUUUGGGUAUACUUAACACAAACAUAUACUUACCAGCCCUCAGUUAACAAUGUGUAUGAAUAUGAUUUCUGUGGACAUCUGAAGUCAGUGUAUAUCAGAAACAUCACACAGGACAAUCCCCUGACAACAUCCUAAAUGACCAUAGUUUUUAUCCGCAACUCUUCCUCAUCAGUCAGGUAAAUAUCAGGGGAAGAAAUCCAACAUUUCAACAUAUGUAGGAAAUCCUUUAUCAAAAAAUAUCUCAUUAAAUAUCUGAUAAUUGAGUUGUGAAUGUGUGAAAGUUUUCAAGUCAUCAAACUUGAAUAUCUCUCAGAGUGUUACAAGGGGAAAAUCUAUCAAUUUGAGAAAGGCAAGUAAUAGCCUUUACCUAGAAAUUGUUAUAUCAAAACUGUUGUUUCAUAUGUAUUAAAACAUUUAAUGAAAUAUAACAGUAUUUAUUCAUGGACAUUCACUAGAAGAAGAAGCUUUAAAAGAAGAAAUAAAUUGUGUAAAUUGAACAGCAUUGAAUGUAUGUAUUUUCUGAGUUCUCUGUUGUUUAUCUGUGUAUAUGUGCAUGCCACUUAACACAUAUUUGUUUUAUAUGUGUAUUGGAACUCAACAUCAUUGUGAUAGAAUUGUGUACCUCUUGCUUAGUAACUAUUCUGACAUCAGCUACAUUUUGCCACAUCUAUAUUAAUAACAAAUAAACCUUUUACAGGAAGUAUCUGAAAAUUCAGAAUCCCAUACUACAUUUCCUUUCUCCUGCUGCCUUCUGACCUGUGCAUGUAGGAAAAGCCAUUGUUACUAAACUGUCUCCUUUCAAAGAAGCCAAACAAUAUUUUCUAUGUACUUUUGUGUUGUCUCAGGGUCACCAGUACAUUUAAAACAUAUACAUUUAAGCAUCUGUGCCCCCUCCACACAAAUAUGUAUAUUUAUAUAUAUACACACACACAUACAUAUCUUCAGUGUUACUGAUUCUUUCCUCAGCUGUGUCAGGUAUACUGAUGAGCCCUUUGAACUCAUCACUGUGGUACUGUGUUUUUUAUUUCUAGCAUUUAAAGUUUAUUAUACUUUCCAUUUCUCUGCUGAAAUAACCUAUCUGGUCUUGCGUGAUGUCUAGCUUCUCCAUUACAGUCAUGUUAUAUGGCAUUUGGCAUUCUCUGUCUCAGUUAAGCAACUGCUUGGGCUCUUGUUUCUCCCUGCAGCCACCUAGCUUUCCAGACUUUGGGUUAGUUUUUUGCUGUGCUAUCUCAGAUGUCUGAUGCAUUCAAGAAAAGUUUUCAAGUCUGCCCAGCUGUUUUCUUGUUUUAUGGAUAGAGGCAGUGCUCUUUCCUGCUCUCUACUUAUCUGAGCUAUAACUGAAAAUUGUCAGUUGAUUUUUGACAAAUGUUCCAGGGUAAUUUGAUGGGGAAAGGAUGACUUUUCAAAAAUGGUGAUAAAAUAACUGGAUAUUCACAUAUUUUAAAUGCAACUUGAUGUUUACACCAUAAUUUCAUAUUUCUUCAAAAUAAAUCAUAGACCUAAACAAAAGAGCCAACAGUACAAAAUUCGUUAGAAAACAUAGAAGAAACUAAUUGUACUUUGAGACACUGAGAUUUUUUAAGAUAUAACACAAAAAAGCAUGGAACAUUAAAGCAAAAAAGAUAAGUUGGAGUUUAUUAAAAUUUAAAGUGUCUGCUUUUCAGGAUUUUGACAAAAAAAUCACAGAUUGGGAGAAAUGGAAUUAUCUAUUGAGAGAAAUAGAAUUAUGGACAAAGAUACAAUUAUCUGAGAAAGGCUUGCAUCCACAAUAUGUAAAGAAUGUUCAUAAUGCAAUAAUAAUACAAACAACGCAGUUAAAAUGGGCAAAACAGGAAAAGAUUAAAACAGGCAUUUCAUAAAAGAAGAUACAUGUAGAUGGUUACUAAGUACUAGAAAAGAUGUCCAAAGCUUUAAUCAUCAAGGAAGUGCAAAUUAAAACUAUAAUGUGAUAGCAUUACAAAUCCAUUUGAUAGUUCCUUAUAAAGGUAAUGAUACCUUACCUACAACCAACAAUUUCAGUUCUAGGUAUCUACCCCCAGAGAAACAUAAAGAAUUAUACAAAAAGAAUUUUUAAAUAAUUUUUUAAAGAAUUGUACCAAAAUUCAUAAUAGCCCCAAAUUAGAAAGAACCAAAACGUCCAUCAACAGAUAAAUGUAUAAACAGUGAUACUACCUUACAAUGGAAUACCACUCAGCAAUAAAAAGAAAGGAACUAUUAAUGCAUAUAACAACAUUGAUAAAUCUCAAUAAGAUUAGGCUGGGAAAAGAAGCCAGGCACAAGAAAGUAGUGCUGUGUGAUUCCAUUUAUAUGAAAUUCUAGAAAAGACAUCUAAUCUGGAGAGAGAGGAAGCAGACCAUUGUUUGCCUAAGAGUAGGGGUGAGGAUUAACUGCAUAGGAGAACAAGGGGAUGUUUUAGUGUGAUGGAAUGUUCUAUAUCUAGAUUGUGGUAGUGUUUACAA